CGCGCACAGCCCGCACAGCCCGCACAGCCCACGCCGCUGGGCCAGCGACACCCCGGCCCGCCACCAUGACUUCCAGCAAGAUCGAGAUGCCAGGUGAGGUGAAGGCCGACCCUGCCGCCCUCAUGGCUUCCCUGCACCUUUUGCCGUCGCCCACGCCCAACCUCGAAAUCAAGUACACCAAGAUUUUUAUUAACAAUGAGUGGCAGAACUCCGAGAGCGGGCGAGUGUUCCCUGUCUGUAAUCCAGCCACAGGAGAACAGGUGUGUGAAGUCCAAGAAGCAGACAAGGCAGAUAUAGACAAAGCAGUGCAGGCAGCCCGCCUGGCCUUCUCACUUGGUUCGGUGUGGAGAAGGAUGGAUGCUUCAGAAAGAGGACGCCUGCUGGAUAAGCUCGCAGACUUGGUGGAACGAGACAGGGCAGUUCUUGCAACCAUGGAAUCCCUCAACGGGGGCAAACCGUUCCUGCAAGCUUUUUAUGUGGAUUUGCAGGGGGUCAUCAAAACCCUUCGCUAUUACGCAGGCUGGGCUGAUAAAAUCCAUGGGAUGACCAUUCCUGUAGAUGGAGACUAUUUUACCUUUACAAGACAUGAACCCAUUGGAGUGUGUGGACAGAUCAUCCCAUGGAACUUCCCCCUGCUGAUGUUUGCCUGGAAAAUUGCUCCAGCUCUGUGCUGUGGCAAUACAGUAGUUAUUAAACCAGCAGAGCAAACACCACUCAGCGCACUCUACAUGGGAGCCCUCAUCAAGGAGGCUGGCUUUCCACCAGGAGUCAUCAAUAUUUUGCCAGGAUAUGGGCCAACGGCUGGGGCAGCAAUAGCUUCUCACAUUGGCAUAGACAAGAUUGCAUUCACAGGGUCUACUGAGGUUGGAAAGCUUAUCCAAGAAGCAGCUGGAAGAAGCAAUUUGAAGCGAGUAACUCUGGAACUCGGAGGGAAAAGUCCCAAUAUUAUUUUUGCAGAUGCCGAUUUGGACUAUGCUGUGGAGCAGGCUCACCAGGGUGUGUUCUUCAACCAAGGCCAGUGCUGCACUGCAGGGUCUCGCAUCUUUGUGGAGGAGUCCAUCUACGAGGAGUUCGUGAGAAGAAGCGUGGAGCGGGCCAAGAGACGCAUAGUGGGGAGUCCCUUUGACCCCACCACUGAGCAGGGACCCCAGAUUGAUAAGAAACAGUACAACAAGAUCCUGGAACUCAUCCAGAGUGGUGUGGCUGAGGGCGCCAAGCUGGAGUGUGGUGGCAAAGGGCUGGGCCGGAAAGGGUUUUUCAUCGAACCCACUGUGUUCUCCAACGUCACUGAUGACAUGCGCAUUGCCAAGGAGGAGAUCUUUGGCCCCGUUCAGGAAAUUCUGAGGUUUAAGACUAUGGAUGAAGUUAUCGAAAGAGCCAAUAACUCUGACUUUGGACUCGUGGCUGCCGUCUUUACCAAUGACAUCAACAAGGCCCUCACAGUGUCUUCUGCCAUGCAGGCUGGGACUGUUUGGAUCAAUUGUUACAAUGCCUUAAAUGCCCAGAGCCCUUUUGGGGGAUUCAAAAUGUCUGGAAAUGGAAGAGAAAUGGGAGAAUUCGGUUUGCGGGAGUACUCUGAAGUGAAGACUGUGACGGUGAAGAUCCCCCAGAAGAAUUCCUAAGGAGGCCAGAAGGAAGGAGAAGGCCUGCCUGCACGACCCUCCCUCUCUGCUUUCCCUGUGGGGCCCAGCUCUCAGGAAUCCAAAGUUGACACUCAGUCUUUAUUUAAAGAUUCAGAUGAUGACGUGUAGGCCAGGCCAGUCACUGCAUAGCUCAAGCAAACCAGCGGGCACGGUUUCUUGGCACUCUGUAAGGGAUCACCUUAUUGACACCAAAUAUUGGGAUGGAAGGAAGGGGUAAGGCACACCCAGUACUCUUUCUGCAGUGGCGCUGAGUCAGAGAGCUGUGCUGUCUGAUGCCUUUUGUCACAGAAAACUUUCUGGUGAGAAAGGUAGCCUUUCCAUUGUCUUCAUUUCCCCCUUCCAGGCUUUCCCUUCUCAUCCUCUGCUCCCCCAAGGAGACCUCGGCUGAGCUCAUUUGGGGCAGAUGUUUGGGCCGGGAACAAUUUUCCAAGGUUUUGCAGCCAAAUUACCGUUUCAUGUUAUCCAUUUCUUCAAAGCAAAACAUGAAAUGGUUUUAGUUAGAUGCAGGCCAGACUGAAAGUGCCAGAAGCUGGUACACUGCAGAUAUACUAGGAAGUAACUAAGAACUUAGGAUACUCCGGACCCAAUCUGGUUUUCUUACAUCCAUGAAUAAUAUGAGUGAAAGAUCAGGAAGAUGGAGCUGCAGAGAUCAUGUGUAGUUCACAGCUUCCGAGUUUGCGGCGUGUUCGGAGGUGUGCGCAUGCGCGGGCGUUUAAUUCCUGCCUGGCUGUUGCAGAAUAAGUCAGGGGGGUGGGUUGUUUUUACAGAUUAAUGAGGUCUUUUCCAAAGCUUAUCUUUAAAAUCAACCAAAAAAACAAUCUGAGUAAGCUUGAGAAUUUGGAAGAAGGUAAUGCUGUGUGCCUUGCAGAAAUAACUUUGUUUCCAAUACUCUUUGACAAUUUUUAACUAAGUGAUCUCUGCAGUUGGAUCUACAGCUUCAUCCCCACCCGUCCCUGCUGCACCAACAUCUGCUACUCCCAGUGCUAUGGGUGUUUCUUUGGCCUAUCAUACUUUAAAAUGCCCUAAUUCCACUGGCAGUAAUCUUGGAAAAUCUGGCCAAGCUCGGAGGUUUUCAUUUACAUUUGCAUAGUUCCAGUGUGCCACAAUUGCCACGCCAUGCCAGAGCUGCUCUGCCACAUGCGGUGGCUUCCCGGCACACCCAUCUUGUCUCCGCCCUCCCGAGGGGAGGUGAGAAGCAGGCUGGCUCCCUUUCCUCCCAGCCACACACCCCUCUUCUUCCCAGUGAACCCGCCAGUGUGAUGUGAGCAGGGUCAGCUGUCUUUCCCUGCUCCCUCUAUCCAGCUGCUGAAUCCAAUCCGGUCUCUCACCAAAAUGAAGGUCAUUUAUUUAAAAGUGCCAAACCUAAGCUAGAGGGUAUGGAAGAUGGGCAACACGUAUGUAGCCUUCUGUAUUUAACUAUUUUCUGCUUUCUAACCACACCGGUUGUCUGUUUCUAACUUUCGUCUAUUCACGACGUUUUGAAGGAAUCUCCCCUCACUGUUACUUACAGACGACAGUGCGUCCAGUGGCCUGAUGCCUUGAGAGAUGCCACAUUUCUGAUGUUUUCCAUGUGAAUGUCAUGCUGUCCCCUUAUAGCGUGUGUCCAAGUGAACAUAUCCAUUAACCAGCUAGUUACCUUCAAACUGCAAUAUAGAAUGUGAAAAUGAAGAUUUAUUUCUUUUAAUUUACUUAAAAAGAAACCUCUGUGCUAGCAAUAAAGCAUUUAUAUUGUGUA